ACUAAACUGAAACUGGACUGGAACAAUCCACGAGUGAGACCGUGAGUCUUCCCAGAACGAAUCCAAUGAAUAUCUAAAUAAAGAUUUGAGGUUAUAUGAGCAGUAAGCACAUCACAUAAGCACUAAGAAGUAGAGCAAAUAAAAUCUAAGAAAAAUUGACCAAUAACAUUAUUAUUAUUAUUAUUCUGUUCCAUACAAUAUUAAGAAUUUCAAAGUAAUCAGAAUGCAGUGUCUCCGUAUAUCAAAGCAAAUAUUAGGAUUAGAACUACAACAGGUCUGCUUGAAGUACAGUGGUCGCAUGUUGAGAACAGAUGGCAUUCUGCGAAGUGAGCCUGAGGAAUUCUUUCCUCCUAGUCGCGAGCCAUCUAUUCCUAGAUACGAAGAGAAAAUGAACGAAUCAGUGGAGGUAAAGAGAGCAAGGUUGUUGUACCAAUCAAGAAAGCGAGGAAUGCUGGAGAACGAUAUACUUCUGGGCAAUUUCGCCAACGACUAUCUGCAGAAAAUGGACAAAACCGAACUGAGCGACUACGAUCGACUCAUCAAUUUGCCCUCCAAUGACUGGGACAUCUACCAUUGGGCAACUGGCAUCAAACCCACGCCAAACGAAUUCGACAACAGUGUCAUGCACAAGCUCAAGGAGUAUGUUCAGAGCGCCGAAAGGCUUAAGAGGCUCCGUCAACCUGACUCCUUCAUCAGCGCUUCUAAUUAAAUAAUUAUUAUUAUAGAAAUGUUACAGAAAAAUUGUAAAUUAUAUAUAAUGCAUAUUAUGUUAUUCUCUCAGCUAGGUAUUAAGAGUGUGUCCUGAAGAUAUUUUUAUUUAUUUAUUCAAUGAUAUUCAAUGAUCAAAAAGCACAAAUUAUUAAAAUGAUUGGGGAAGAACCAACAGGCACAUCCCAAAAUUUUUCCUUAGUCAAUUGUAUAUUAGUCAAAAGCUUACAGAGUAUGUUUAGUGCGCUGAAAAGAUAACUCCCUUAUGUCAGCUUCUAAGGUCUAGACAUAGUGGAGCGGCGAAGGUAGAGUUUAUUAGAAAAUGUUGCUGAGAGUGUAUCUUCGUUGCACCACUUGGUUUUGGCCCUGAUUAAAUAUUAAAUCAUAAUUUAUAAGAAAAUUUUUCCUCCCUGAAAGCUACUUCAAAAUAAAAUAAUAAUUUAUAAGAAUAAAUGCUCCUUCCUGAAAGCUAUUUGAAUAUUGAAUCAAAAUAAAAAAUGCUCCUUUAUGAACGCUACCAAAUGAUUGAUAAAUGUGAUAAAAAGUUAUGAAUUAAAUAAUUAACUAUUUACUGCACUAUUCAAUAAUUCAAUAGUUCAAGCAAUUGUGGAAUAUUAAAAUUUAUAAGAAUAAAUGCUCCUUUAUGAACGCUACUAAAUGAUUGAUAAAUGUGAUAAAAGUUAUGAAUUAAAUAAAACUAUUUACAAUAAUUCAAUAGUUCAAGCAAUUGUGGAAUAAACUGGUUCAAAUUCCAAACAAAAUAAUAAUAAUAGGAAUAUUGGCAAACCAGUACCAUUUUUAUAUUCUUUAUUUUUACGUAUAUCAGCCACUAAUGCAUGACGUUAUCUCAAAUGUUGAAGCCUACAGAAACUUGUUAUUUUUUAAUAGCCCUCUUAUUGAUAUGAUAUUAUGAUUUUUGUGAUUAUUAAGGCAGUCAGAUUACCUGAGAAGUAUUGUUUUUAUACAUUAUACCAAUAUGUAUAUGUUUAUAGUAUCCAUGUUUGUUGUUAUUCAAUAAACAAAUUACGGUAUGUUACGA